UCGAUCGAAUGUUAGGAUUAUUGUAAGAAAUUUCAUAAAACUUAAUAACACAAAAUAUAACUCUUUAUUUUAAUAAAAGAAAAUGUGAACAAACGUUCAAUUGUUGCUAUGUUUUGUUAACAAAAUCAGUGUUAUGGAAAACCAUAACCAUGAAAUGUAUUACAGUGUUAGUUAUGUGCCUGUGUUUACAUGACAUUCAUUCAUCAAGUGAAGAGAAAACAGAAUCUAUCUCUCCUCUAAGACUUAAUAGUACAUCAGAAUGGAACAUCAAACUGGAUAUAUUCUUUUCUAAAUCUUUACCUCAGCAUGUAACGAGAUCUCCUGGUAGUGAUGUUCGUUUUAAAUGUGAAGCUUACAUAAACUUUACGAAAGUUGAAAAGUACACUAAAAAUGAACAAGGUAUAGAAACUUUACAUGCUGAGCUACCCCCGCAGCAUAUACAGCAAAGACUGUUGAACAAUGUAAAAGUAUAUUGGCUCAAAAACAAUAAAAGUAUUGAAAUUUCAAGCAAAGUUAAUGUUACAACUAAAAUCAAUAAUAUAACGAUUUCCACAAAUUUAAAGAUCAGAAACAUAAGUAAUGGUGAUGCAGGUAACUACACAUGUGUUUACAAACAAAUGUAUGAAAAAAAGCAAACUUCCUUACUCAAAGUUGAAGAUAGUGUUGACAUACCUACCCAUGCACCAUAUUUCCCAAAUUCAAAUUUUGUAAAUGAAUUAAGAAUUACAACCCCGGAUGUGGUGUCAGAAAAUAUUAAAACUAUGAAUAUAAAUGUUACUGAUUCUCCUAAUAUACCUCUUCAAAAACUUGAACCAAUUUGUCAAGAAUAUGUUGGGAAAGUUUGUGCAUUUCACUUAAGAGCCCAAUCUGUUUAUAUCCCAUAUGAUACCACACAGAUUGAAUUGGAAGAGAAGUUAAGAAAAGCAAUACAAGUUACAAGAUUUUCUAAUGAAAUAAGUUCACACUGUGAAAGAUAUGCAUUACCUAGUUUGUGCUACUCCACUUUUCCCAUAUGUAGAAAUCCUGUAGCUACAAAUGCUAAUUUCUUUAAAGAUGCAAGACAGGUAUUUCUCAUAUCAAAUAGAACCAACAGUGCAGAUUUUCCUGAAGUUGUAUUUGAAAAUAUGCCUAAUGGAAAUGUACCUAAUACUUUUUACUUGAAACCAAACAAUAUUUCAAAUGAAAUGUUUAACUAUCGUCAUAAUACAACAAUACUCAGGAGAGUAUGUAAGAAAGAGUGUGAAAUUUUAGAAACAGAAUUAUGUCAGAAAGAAUAUGCCAUAGCGAAAAGGCAUCCCCAUAUUGGUCAGCAAUUAACUUUAGAAGAAUGUCAAGAUUUACCUGAAGAUGAUCCAGACUGUCUUAAAAUUGAAAUUGGAGCUUUAAUGAUUUCAGAUGAUGAAUGUUAUUGGGAAAAUGGCAGUAGUUAUUUGGGCAAAGUUAAUGUUGCCAGUAAUGGGCUGGCUUGUAUUGAAUGGUCAAAGCAAAUGUAUGUUACAUUAUCAAAUUACCCUGUACUUGCUGGUAGACACAGCUACUGCCGUAACCCAGGAGGAGUCAAUGAACAGCCUUGGUGUGUGGUAGAUAAAGAUGGUAAACUAUAUAAACAAUUUUGUAACAUUCCCAAAUGUGCUCACAAACUUUGGAUAUACAUAGUUGUUAUCUUGGCAGUAUUGUUCAUAGUUAUUGUGGGAUUUGUUGUUUGUCUCAUUUGCAGACAUAAAAAAAAGAGUAAUGCUGCUGCAAUUAGAGACAUUAACUUACCUAAUGCUGAUAAGAAUAUCUAUGGAAAUUCUAGAUUGAAUUCUCCAAUAGAAAUGACAGACUUACUGCCAAACCAUAGUAAUCAGCCCCAUUUGACCAGGAGUACUCGUGGAAAUGGUGUACUCAGAAUACCUCAAUACUCACUGUCGCAGAUCAAAUUCCUGGAAGAGUUAGGGGAGGGAGCUUUUGGAAAAGUUUACAAAGGCGCACUGAAAAAGAGUGGAGACACACAGUUUAUAGCAGUCAAAGCACUCAAAGAAAAUGCUUCAGCUAAGACCAAGGCAGAUUUCAGAAGAGAAAUUGAUUUGAUUUCUGAACUUAACCAUGACAAUAUUGUGUGUAUAGUGGGUGUUGCUUUAAGUGAAGAACCACUUUGCAUGUUAUUUGAGUUCAUGGCUCGAGGAGACUUGCAUGAAUUUUUAAUGGGAAGAGCACCUCCAUCAGGAAAGGGUUUACCUCCCAUGAGACUGCUGAACAUUGCACAUAAUAUUGCAUCAGGCAUGCAGUAUUUGGCCUCACACCAUUAUGUACAUAGAGAUUUAGCUGCAAGAAAUUGUUUGGUUUCCGAUGAUUUUGUUGUGAAGAUAUCUGAUUUUGGCCUCUCUAGAGAUAUAUAUAGUUCAGAUUAUUACAGAGUACAAUCAAAAAGUUUAUUGCCCGUUAGAUGGAUGCCACCAGAAUCUAUACUUUAUGGAAAAUUCACUACUGAAAGUGAUAUAUGGUCAUAUGGGGUUGUCCUGUGGGAAAUUUACAGUUAUGGCCUCCAGCCUUAUUAUGGUUAUAGUAAUCAAGAAGUCAUAUCGAUGGUGCGGAGUGGUGAGUUUUUAGCAGCACCAUCAGCAUGUCCAUUGCCCAUGUAUGAACUCAUGAGGGACUGUUGGAAACACACACCACAUCGAAGGCCAUCAUUUGAAGAUAUAGUUAACAGAAUUCAAGAGUGGAUCCAGAUGGGGGGAUGUUCAGAUGUCGGACCAUCAGAAUCUAGCAGCAAUAUAAGCGCGUACAGAACGACUAGUACUAGCAGGGAUCUUCAGGAAAGAGUUCCACUGUUGCCCCCUCAUUGCUCUUCAUCUAAUGGCUCUCUUGCCACCGGGAGCUUAAAGAAAUUUAGUGUAGCUGGUUCAAGUUCGAAGGUAACUGAUGAUAAUUGCUCUACAUGUAGUGAAGUACCCCCAUUAGCUCCAAAAUCUAAAAAACACAGUGCAGCAUCGCUGAUAGACUCAGACAAAAUAGGCAACAUGAGUACAAGGGAGACAAUCAUUAGAAUACCUAAUGCACAGCACGGUAAUGAAAUUUAGAUAGUAAAUGCCUCAUGUUAAGGAUGUUUUUAAGCAAAUAAUUUGCUAGUUGCAUUCAAAACAAAAUGAUCAAAAUAUCUUAGGUAUUAAAGGUAUCAGGCCAAUUAUUAUUUUGUAAUCACAAGCAAUUUAUUAUUUAAGAGCCAUAGUAUUAUUGCAGUAUGAACUAAUUUAUAAGACAAGCAUAUUUAUCUGGUGAUAAAAUGGUAUGAAAAAUCGUUAAUUUGUUUAAUACAAGUGCUUGUAAAAUUUUGGUUGUCUAUGUAUGUAAGUAAUUGAGUGAUUUAAUUUAUUCUGUAGUUUAAUUAAAAUUAAGUAUUGUAUUUACUAAGACUGGAACUUUUAAGAUAUUGAAGUAUAAGUACUUAAAACUGGUAGUUAAGUACCUUUUUACAUUCAAAUCAGGUAUCACUGCCAA